UGACAUCACAUGGCAUCUGACAGCAACAGUUCUGAGCACCAAGCACCAGCUUUCUGAAAACCCUAAAACCUGCCACCCCCAAGGAGGGGUGCAGGACCUGGAAAAAGGGGUCUGAAAUCCAGUAUCGUCUAUGCUAAGGGAUAUAUUUGUGAUAAAACCAGGAAAGAUAUCUAUUCCAGGAUGUUUUCAAGGAAGAAGCGGGAACUGAUGAAAACCCCGUCCUUAUCAAAGAAAAGCAGAGCAGGAAGCCCAGCACCGCAGAAUGAGCUUACAAGAAAAGAAGCUACGGACUCCUCCAACGAUUUGGCAUCUAGCCCUCCUUCAAACAACAGCCCAAUCUCCUCUGGGACGUUAAAGAGGCCUUCAAGUCUGAGUCGUCAUGCUAGUGCCGCAGGCAUUCCUCUCUCAUCUCCCAGGGGAAAGGCCACUAAGCCUGCAAGUACCCCAAGUCCUCCAGAGAGUGGGGAAGGUCCUUUUAUAGAAGUAGAGGACAUCUCACAACUUUUGGGGGAUGUAGCAAGAUUUGCAGAAAGGCUUGAGAAACUUCGGGAUGUUGUACAGGAUGAAGAGCUUAAAGAGACAAGACGGCCUUUGGCACAUGAGUGUCUUGGGGAAGCACUGAGACUUCUUCGCCAAGUGAUUAACAAGUACCCCCUGCUCAACACUGUAGAGACUCUGACUGCAGCUGGUACCCUCAUCUCAAAGGUGAAAGGUUUCCACUAUGAAUCCAGCAUUGAAAAUGAUAAGCGUGACUUUGAGAAAGCGCUGGAAAGCAUGGCCGUAUGCUUCAGCAGCACGAUCUCAGAGUUCCUUAUGGGGGAGGUGGACAGCAGCACAUUAUUAUCCUUGCCCCCUGGGGACCAGAGUCAGUCAAUGGAAAGUCUAUGUGGUGGUUUAUCUGGGGGUGAGGGAGCAUUGUCUAAUGCUCCUGAGUAUUUGGAAGCAGGAAGCGCUUUAGCGGAAGAUGUGGAUGUAAUCUUACAGCGUAGUGAUGGAGGUGUCCAAGCUGCCCUUCUGUAUGCAAAAAAUAUGGCAAAAUACCUGAAAGAUCUGAGCAACUAUAUAGAGAAGAGAACCAUUUUGGAGAUGGAAUACGCCAAAGGACUCCAGAAACUGGUUAAUGCAUACAAAGGAGCACUGAACCAGGAGACUCACAUGCCCUUCCAGUCUAUAUAUUCUGUAGCUCUGGAGCAGGAUUUGGAGCAUGGAAAUGGUGUACUUCACACAGCACUAACUCUUCAGCAUCAGACAUUCUUGCAGCCUAUCAACAUGCGACGUCAAGAACAUGAAAAGCGGAGGAAAGAGGUGAAAGAGCAGUGGCAGAGAGCUCAGCGCAAGUUGAUGGAAGCAGAAAGCAACCUCCGCAAGGCACGUCAAGCGUACAUGCAACGUAGUGAGGAGCAUGAAAGAGCGCUGUACAAUGCAACACGUGCAGAAGAAGAACAGAGUCAUAGUGGUACCCGGUCACUUGACAAGAAAAGAAGGGCAGAGGAGGAAGCCAAAAACAGGGCAGAAGAGGCAAUGGCAACUUACCGGACUUGCAUCGCAGAUGCCAAAACUCAAAAGCAGGAACUGGAGGAUGUUAAAGUGAAUGUCUUACGGCAGCUGCAGGAGCUGAUCAAACAGAGUGACCAGAUAUUGCGUUCGGCUACCAUUUCCUAUUAUCAGAGCAUGCACAUGCAGACUGCUCCCCUGCCAGUAGGGUUCCAGACGCUCUGUGAAAGCAGCAAGCUGUAUGACCUUGGCCAACAGUAUGCAUCCUAUGUGCGCCAGCUAGGGGCUGUGAAUGAGCCAGAGACGACUUAUGACUUCCAGCCUUACACUCCUCAGAUCACAUGGUCUCCCUGCAUUCGUUCACGUAAAUCCAGUUUUAAUUCUCAAGACAUACCAUCCUCAGAAAAUAAGGAGAUAAGUGGAGAGGAGCGAGUUGUAGAGAGGAGAGGAGGAAGAGGUCAUCAGGUACAUAAGUCAUGGCCAACUGCAAUAACUGAAGGAGACCCAGCUGUUAGCAACACUGGAACAGCAUUCCCUGAAAAAUUGCAUCAACCUUCUUCUCCCAUUGAUAUUGUUGAUCAGAAGAGGCUGAGUGCAUCAUUUGAGCAAAGUAUAAAUGGACUUUCUGGCAGUUUGGAGGUGCCACAUUCUACUGGCCCAUUCCGCAAUAUUGGCCUAUCAAGGGCAGCACUGACUCACCGUUUGCGCAAACUGCGGACACCAAGCAAGUGUCGAGAAUGCAAUAGCUACGUGUACUUCCAAGGAGCUGAGUGUGAGGAGUGUUCCCUUGCUUGUCACAAGAAAUGCCUGGAAACUCUGGCAAUCCAAUGUGGUCACAAGAAGCUUCAGGGCCGACUGCUACUUUUUGGCAGAGACUUCUCAGAGACUGCACUCAGGUCUCCCGAUCACAUUCCUUUCCUCAUUCGCAAGUGUGUGUCAGAGAUUGAAGAGCGUGCUCUAACCAUGAAGGGCAUAUAUAGGGUAAAUGGUGUAAAAACCCGAGUGGAGAAGCUAUGCCAAGCGUUUGAGAAUGGAAAGGAAUUGGUUGAACUUUCACAGGCCUCACCCCAUGAUCUGAGCAAUGUCCUGAAACUUUACCUCCGCCAGCUUCCAGAGCCCCUUAUACCAUUCCGUCUCUACAAUGGACUCAUGGGUCUAGCAAAAGAAAGUUUGAGAGGAAUUGAGACAGGGAAAGGAUCUCGUCUGCAAGACAAGGGCCCUAAUACAGAACCAGAGGUUUUAUCUAUGGUUGUGCAGUUGAAAGAACUUCUGCAGGACCUGCCUGUCGAGAACAGGACUACUCUUCAAUAUUUGGUGAAGCACCUUUGCAGGGUCUCUGAACAAGAGCAGUUGAACAAGAUGAGUCCUAGUAACCUGGGGAUUGUUUUUGGCCCAGCUCUUAUGCGUCCACGUCCUACAGAUGCAACUGUAUCGCUGUCUUCACUUGUGGAUUAUCCUCACCAGGCACGAAUUGUGGAGACCCUGAUUAUAUUCUAUAGCACUAUUUUCCAGGAACCAGCCAGUAGCUCAGACAAGGGGACAGAAAAUUCCUCUAGUGAUGUGUGUAAUUCUCUCUUGCAGGACACAUCUCCAACACACAACAGAGCAAGACUUCAAGUGACUGUUGAGGAGGAGCUGCCUGAAAAAACAUCAGAAUACCAACUACCAGUGUUCAAAGAACCAGGUGCAUCACCAGUGGAAUCUGACUCUGAAUCAGAUGCUGCAGAAGAUAUCCCAGGGACAUGGGAACCCCAAUCUACCCGGGGCCAUCUCACUAAAGAGGCAAGCGUGACAAGCACAGAAGACAUCCCAUCUAUCGAGGGAGAGGCCCAAUCAGAGUCUGAAGACGACAGAGAUCAAAGUCAAGGGAAUCUGGCUGAGAACAAUACAAACCAAUCUAACAAUGUUGUACUUAAUGGUCACUGCCUUAUGCCCCACUUGUACUGCCACACCCAGCUCCCAGCAAUUCGCAUGCUGCAUGGAAAAAUUUAUGUGACUUCUGCUGCUGACCGCCGUCCUCGUUUUGUUUGAGGGAAGAGAGUAGUACCUCCUUCAAACGUCUCUGCUAAUCAGUACUGUGAAACCUUUUGGCAGAGAGAUUUUUAUCUUUGGGAUGUCAGAAAAUACUUGCCUAUGCCAGUGUUUAGGCUUUAUCAACAAUCUGAUGUGAAUUCUGAGAUCAGGAAGUCUUCAUAAACAUCAUCAAAUAUGCCUUCAGGCAAUAAUUGAGCAUAAUGAACUAAAACAAAAAAGGACUAAUUGUCUUUGCUGAAACUGGGGAUCUGUAAAAAUGCUGGGUAUAUCACUUUAAUAUUUUGUGCAUCAGCUUGAAAUAAAAACUUCUGAAAACUUUUUUUUAAUA